UGAUAAGCCAGAGAGACGAUCAGUUUGCAGAGUGACACAUUAGCCAGUAGCACCACAUGACCUUCUGCUGGGCCUCCAGUCACUGUGAUUAAGGCACUCACCUGAGGAACCAGACAAUCAGUACAGCCAGAAACCGAAGUGAAUCAUGGAGAAUGCGCCACCCGAGUCAUCGCGGUGGGUCACUCCCAGUCUUAUUGGCCCUGACCCACUGGCUGGUUUCUCAGCUGAGCAGGGCCUUCUUGCACCUGGGGAGGAGGGAGAGUCCUUCUACUGUGGCCCUGAUCCUGAUUUCACCAGCCUCUCAUCCUACUUUUCCAGCAGCCAGAGCAGAGCAUCGUCUGCCUUCAGACACAGCCCAGUUCGGCAAGUUUACACAUCACCAUCGCUUCUGAGUAAUAUCCAGUGGCUGGACAGUUCAGGGGGGAACGGCCUGAGUUCCCCCUACAGCACCCAGUCAGCAGGGUGGCCAGCCAGCUCCUUCGCUAAAGCACCACUUCACCCCCACACCUCUCCACCCCUGUACCCCACCAGCACUACCUCAUCCUACACUUCCCCCAAGGAUGGCUUCCCUUCCCCAGGCCGCAAUGAAAAGGAAAACCCCAGGUUCCAGGAGGCCCUGAAGCCUGAGCGGCUCAGUCCUAUAGGUGGUGCUGGAGGUGCCUUUCUUAAUCUAAGUCCCGCUGCUGGUGGUUUGUACACAUCUCCACAUUCACACAUGCUGGGGCCCUUCAGUUCGUACAUGACAUCACCGCAGGAUUACAGUCCUGCUGGCCUCUACUCCACUCCUGGGGCCUGGAUGGGACCUGCCUCAUACUCACCCAAACUCCGCAGCAAAAUAAAACUCUCGCCACCAGAGGCUCGUGAGUGUGUGAACUGCGGUGCUACUGCCACCCCUCUGUGGAGGCGGGAUGGAACAGGCCAUUACCUCUGCAACGCUUGUGGCCUGUACCACAAGAUGAAUGGCCAGAACAGACCUCUGAUCAGGCCGAAGAAAAGACUGAUUGUGAGUAAGCGUGCUGGAACACAAUGCGCCAACUGCCAGACCAGCACCACCACGCUGUGGAGACGCAACGCCAGUGGGGAGCCUGUGUGCAAUGCCUGCGGCCUGUACUUCAAACUGCACAAUGUGAACAGACCGCUGACCAUGAAGAAGGAUGGCAUACAGACCCGCAACCGCAAAGUAUCCAACAGGAACAAGAAGGGCAAGAAAACUGGUGCAGCAGACGUUUAUGCUGAUGUAUGCCACCCUGUGUUGCCAGAGGAACACGGGACACCUUACCCCUUGCCCCCUGGAUCACUGCUCACCUACAGCUCUGGACCCCAUAUAUUCUCUCCCACCACGUCCUACCCCCACCACCCAAACUCCGGGGUCGUCCACACACUGGUGUGACAGCAGCUUCCUGUUGACCUGCCUCUGGACAUGUACACAUGUGUUAAUGCACUCUUGAGGCUUAAAAGCUUUCCUGUGAAUAUCCUGUUAAGGAGGCGUUGCCAUUUUUAUUAACAGACUGACAGGUGGUGGAUGUCCUGUCAUGCUGUUUUGUAAAACUUAUUUUGUCCUCUGUUGUAUGUAAUGACAGAAGUAAUGGCAAAGGUAUUAGCGGAUGUGAAAAAAAUAUUUUCUUAUAUCUCUUUAAAUGUAAAUAUUCAUGACAAAGUUUCCAUUUUUGAGACGCGUUCUCUGUGUUAUAAAGAUUUGCUAUAAACCAUUCAGAAUUGUAUUUUGUAAUGUCACUCAAGUCCACUUCCAGUGAUAAAAUUUUUAAAUGUUACA